AUGGAAACUCACUUUCUUUAUUAUAAAUGUAACGAAAAUUCUUGUGAGUUAAUUUUAAUUAAUUAAGAUAUUGAUUAUCCUUUGAAGUUUAAAGGAAAUGACUAUAAAGCUAAUAAAGCAAUUUAAAAAUCAGAUAUUGAAUGUAAAUAUAAUUUUCAAAGUAAUUUAUAUAUUCCAAGUUAAAAUCAUGAUUCCCUUCUUGAAUAAAAUGGGUGUCUAUAUUUAAUUCACCUAAUAAUAAGAGUACAUGCUAAUGGUCAAAUAUAGGAUGAAUUAGGUAAACUUAAUUUAAUUCUUUAAACAUGUGAAAUUUUAGGAAAUUCGUAUGCUUAUGCUUGUUAAUAAGUUUAUGAAAAUAAUAAAUUAGGUUGUUAUAUUGUGAUAAGAUUAAAGAGAAAUGUAUUUCUUUACUAUAAAGAUUAAAAAGGGUUCUACAGAAGAAUAAUUAACAAAAUAAAGAUUCAAUCUUAAACUAUUGAAUAGUUUAAGUUGUCAAUAUAAUGA